AUUUGAGCAGCAUCGAGGGCGAAAAGAUGUAUAAAGAGGAGGGAAAGUGUAUGGGUGGUUCCUUCUUGGGCAGCCUUCAGGUCCAGCCUACUUCGCACAAGCACGUAUCUCAUCAGAAUGAUGCUCCUUCCUCUCCUCGUUCUUGCACACCAUGUGCCAUCCAUCGCAGCCUGGCCGUGGAUUGCCAACGCCCCCGGUAUCGACCUUUCAGCCAUGUACGCGCACCCAGAGAACUUCCCCAACCAACGUCGCCAGACUGGGCUCGAUCCCACCUGCCCCUUCAACCCGGACCAUCCCGGCGCCGCGCCCUUUGAUCCCCAGUACCCAUAUACGGGAUCUAUCGACGGGCUCCCAGGAACUGGAAUAGGCGGCAUCCAAGUCCCUGCCCCAGGAGACACUGCGCAUGCUUUUACGCCUCCCGGCCCGAACGACAUCAGAGGACCAUGCCCUGGGAUGAACACUGCGGCAAAUCACAAUUUCCUCUCCCAUGAUGGGAUCACCAACCUCGCCGAACUCGUCUCCGCGCAGCAAAACCUCUAUAACCUCCACUUCGAUCUAGCAACAUUCAUCGCUGUGCGCGCCAUCGCCCUUGACGGCGACGUCGUCACCACCAAACUCAGCAUUGGCUGUGACGCCACGGAGCGCACAUCCAUCGACCCCACGGGAACCCUCGGCCGCGAACCAGGUCUCAACGCACACAACAAGUUCGAAGGUGACACUUCGCUCACACGCCGCGACUACUUCCUCAACAACGGUGACGCGUUUACCUUCCAGGGCGACAUGUUCGCGGACAUGUAUCGCGUUGCGAAUGAGACGUCGAACGGGCUGUUCGACCGCGACACUAUUGCCGUGUAUCGCAGCCAGCGGUACGACGAGAGUCUUGCAGAGAACCCGAAUUUCUACUUUGGCCCUAAGGCGUUGCUUCUGUAUGGCGCGGCUAGCUUCGUGUAUAACGUGUUUCCCGUCUUCGGACCGGAAGGCGAUGCGGAUAUCGAUACGAUUUCUACCUUCUUCGGCGCAGUGCCAAAUGGCAGCGGCGGGUAUGACCACGUCCCCGAGCGUAUCCCCGAGAACUGGUCUAAUCGACGCACUGCGUACGGCCUGCUGGAAAUCGGCAGUGAGAUCGCGUAUCAGUACGGGCGGUUUCCCAAGCUGUUCGGCGGCAACGUGGGGACGAAUAACUUCCUGGCUCUGAACACGACGUUUGGGCUCAUCGAGAAUGGGACGCUGCCGAAUGAGGUCACCGCGAAGGACCUCGUGUGCUUGUUGUAUCAGCUCGCAGUAGACAAUGUGCCGGGGACCGUGGCGAACGAGGCGGAGCUGCCGUUGGAGGUGCUGACUUGGGUCUUGACCCAGAUCAACCCGAUCUUUGAGAAUACGGGAUGUCCACUGAAGAUUACGUAGCUGAGCUGCGGACUAGGGAUAAUGGAGCCUUGGGGGCUUCAGGGAAUUAUGGGUAGGCGGUGGCAUCGGAGUAUGUCGACUAGGGAUAGUGGAGCCUGAGGGGCUUUAGGUGGUUAUACAUCGGCAACGAGGUCUGAAU